AUGUCCAACAAUGCCAGUGCAUUGUCAAAAAUGGCAGAAACUGCUGGAUCAUCUACAGCCACAGGACCAGCAACAUCUGGGAAUACAUCUCAGACCAAUAUUGAUGGCUACAGAUGCUCACACAUCAGCAAGCUUGAUGCCAAUGUUGGACUCAUUGAGACCAUUUCAGAAGAACUGUUACCCGGUCAACGGGUCUCAGCAGUUGCAGGACCGUAUAUUGCCAUGCUCGAUGAAGUCAAAGCAGAAUUCACACAAGCCAGCGACAUAUCAGCAGGGAAUCAAAGAGCGUGCUUGGAUGAACCAGCGCUUGUUGACGAAGAAGCCCCUUUACUUGAGAAUAGGAGCAGAGCAGGGACAGUCGAGCCAGGAGAACCUACUCGCAAAGGUUCAAAGCUCAACUACUCAUCUAUUGAGGCAGUGAUUAAAAGCAGGAAGUAUGAACUGCUCUCUCCUAACCUUGAACAAACAAAUGAAAUACUCAAAAACUGGUUGCAAGACCAAAAGGAAGUACACCAAUACCUCAUGUAUCACAAAUUCACACCAGAGUUCCACAAAAGUGGAUGGACUGAGAUCGUUGCAGAACCUCAGCUCCCAAUAACAAACAUGACCCUUGCCGUAAAUGGAAUUCCAGAGAAUGCACUCGCAGUGCAGGCUCCUGUUGCUAUGCACAUGUCUGUUCAUAUGAACAAGAUGGACACUGCUGGAGGCAGUGCCACGUUAAAGCAAAACAUCUUGAGGAUUCAAAGUCCAGGUCAAAUUGAGAGACCUUUGAAGCAUCCAUAUCACCGUCAUGGCCUCAUUUCCUUGAACACCAGUUUUAGUCCAACCACUGACAUGCUGUAG